AUGGCGGAACAUCAAGCUCCAGAUCGGUCGGUUCUGGGCGAGUCGUGGGUGAUGGCAUCGACUGCUUCUGUAACCGAGAGGGACACCGAAGACAAACAUGAGCCAGGCAGCCCCAGCCCACAACCAAGAGAGGGCAAACCCAGAGAUGGCGCAAAGACCACAAACCAGGGAUCUGGGUCGCUGGCAUCAUCUUCGUCGUCAUGGUCUAUGUCAGGCCCAGAGCUCAUUAUGCCUUCUAUUUACGAAGUGCCUAUAUCAGAAGCGUCGUGGGUAGCGCCGCAUGUGCGCUCGAAAACGCACACCAUGAGGAAACGCCGCAAGGUAUCGGCCGAUGGAGGCUUACUGCGAGAGAAGCACCGGUCUGAUACUGCCACUGACAAGGCAGACGCUGGCUCGUCUGUUACGAAAACAAGUCCUGCCGGCGAUAGCGCGCGUGUGAGCGUAGUCACCAAACUCGCUACCUUCUGUCGUGAGCGACGCGCCCUCUUGCGGACAGUGCUCAACGCAGUCCUGAUGUCUGCCAUCCUCCACCUGCUAGUUCUACCAGAAGUAGUCUACCAGACCCAAGACCUUUGUCACUUUCCCGUUGUUGCAACCCUCUACCCCGACAGCUGUGUGCGGCUAGACACGACAUCCCCUCCACGCAGCCCCUUCCGCCACUCUAGCCCAACAUCCCCAGAAGACACCCUCGUCGCCUCUCAAAAACAACUGGAAUCCAUCUUCGACACCACCCUCCAGACCCUAACACCCUUAGCAGACAUCCUAAAACAAAGCGAAAGCAUGCUGCGCGACCUAGAAGACCAGCUCAAAGCCCACUUCCCAGACGCCAAGAACGCCCUCGACCUUGAAUUCCAGGGCAGCGACCAGGCCGUGCGGACCGCCGCCUGGGAGUUCGAUUCGCUGCGCGCGGACCUGCGCUCGGCGGUCGACAGCCUACUCGCAUCUCCGCCAACGCUGGAGUCUGGCGGAUCCAUCGCCCGCGACACCCGGCUGGCAACCCAGCUCCGGCGCCGAGAAGAAUAUCUCGACCGGCUGCGCGCUCAGAUCCGCACCAAGGCCGACUCGCUUGGCAGCCAGUUUAUCACGCUGGACGACCACCUCGAAGCGGUGGACGGGAUCGUUGCGCGCGAGGAGCGCAGGGCUGAUUUCCAAUUCCCUGCUGCGGACGCCACCGAAGACCGUUUUCAAUCGCUUCUGGACUCGCUCCAGCACUACGUGCCUUUUGGGUCGCUUUUUUCCCAGCCGCACUCCACGGCUGAUUCUCCGUCGUCGUCGUCGCCUUCCUCCGCUUCCGCUUCCCGGCCCUCGACUUUGGCUCUGCUGCGGCUGGCUGCGACAAACCACCGUCCUGUGGCCGACUCAGUUUUGCGUCUGACCCGGCAGCUGCGGGAUGUGCAGCGGGUUCGGCAGGGUGCCACUUGGUGA